UCCCAAACAUAAACAAACUGCUUCGAGUUUCAGUAAAAUUUGGCUUCUUCAAUAAAAAGAUGCCUCAGUUAAGCUAGUAAAGCAAGAAGAUUGCACAGUCCAGAGAUGACCAGCGGAAAACCACCGAAGCAACCGUUUCCGAGCAAUCCGCCGCCGCCGACGGACAACGGCUUCCAGCAGGCCAGCCAGUACGACCCGGAGAAGAACGAGCAGUACAGGCGUGGGGUGAAAAUGCUCCACGAGCGGUGCAAGAGCAUCCAGAGGCACAACGAGCGGGUUGUUUUCCGGUUACACUCGGUGAAGCGGUUAAUCAAGACACGAAGUCGCGACGUUGAGAUGCUCAAGAAACGCUUGGACCGGUACCAGGACAACUGGAGGUGCGCUCCGGAAAAGACGGCGGUGAAGCUCGAGGAGAGCAAGGCCGAAGAGAAGGAGUCCGACUAGUCGUGUGGUUGUGUUUCGAGUGUGCUCUGUACAUGUAAAAUACCUCUUUGAAAAUUAGUGAAUAGUUUUAUAAUAAAUAUUAAUUUGUAA